AUGGAUAUUAAACUUCAUUCUCCUCCUCAUAAGGAUGGUUUAUUUACCAUUCUUUAUGUUUUAUUUUUCCUUGUGGAAGUUGCACCCAUUAAGAAUAUCGAGAAGAAAAACAAGGAACCCCAAGAAGCAAAAGAAGUUCUUAAAUUGGUAUGUGAUAAAAUAAACAAGAAGAAGUUGGAGUUCCCUGAUGCUCAUACUCGCUAUUACGCCAAACCAUUUCUGGAAGCCGCGCGUCAAAACACUUACCGGGUUGUUGGUGAGAUUUUAAAGAGAUACCCUGAAGCAAUUCGGUAUACAGAUAAAAGCGGGUAUGACAUCAUACAGUUAUCCGUAAUACACCGUUCGGAAAAGAUCUACGAGCUUAUUUAUCACCUUGGGAGCGCUAGGAAUGUCUAUAAAAUGAUCGAAGAUUCUUCUAAGAACAAUAUGUUACACUUGGUGGGAAGAUUAGCUCCUUGGCAUAAACUAAAGCUGCGCACUGGUGCAGCAUUACAACUACAAAGAGAGCUUCAAUGGCGUGAGAAGGUGAAGAUGAUGGUAUCUCCGACAUACCAUACUAAAGAAAAAAAAUUUAAUGAGACACCGGAUAUGCUAUUCACAAACGAACAUAAAAACUUGGUGUUGGAAGGAGAAACGUGGAUGAAAACCGUAGUAGAAUCAUGCAGCAUCACUGCAGCGCUGAUUACCACAAUUGUAUUUGCGGCAGCAAUUACAGUACCAGGUGGAAACCAUCAAGAUAAUGGCUUCCCCAUUUUUGCAAGACAAAUUCCCUUCAUGAUCUUUGGUAUAUCGGUUGCAAUCUCACUAUUUGCAUCGAGUACAACAUUACUAAUGUUUCAGUCCAUCCUCACUGGCCGUUUCUCUGAGCAAGAUUUUCUUGUAAGUUUGCCAAGACGAUUGAUUAUAGGUCUUUGCACCUUAAUGAUAUCAACAACUACCAUGAUGGUGGCCUUCAGCAUAAUCCUGUUCCUUGUAUUUUGUCAUGGAAAACGUUGGAUGCUUGCUCCAAUAUGUGCAUUAGCUUUCCUCCCGAUUGCAUCUUUUAUCACUGUUCAAAACCCCCCUUAUGUUCAAAUCCCCCUUAUGGUAGAUCUAUUUCGGUCAACAUAUGGGCAGAUCGAGUAUAUCUUUGAAAAGUAUAACUUCAAAAACGACAUUAGAUUUAAUUUGAAUGACAUCCGCCUGUUUUUUAGCGAGUGA